CCGACCUUCUCCACCCUCUCAUGUAAACCCCGUGUUGGAGGAACCCCCGUACCACUUGGGGUGUUUAUAAACAGUGCCCCGACCAAAUCGCUGGAUAAAAAGCUUUUCGACGCUAAACCAGCUAUUCAACUUGCGCUAAACUAUAUUCAAAAUCAUUCCUGCAUUCUGGAUGGGUUCAAGCUCGAGCUGAUCUAUAAAGAUACGAAGAAGCACACAUAUGUUUCGCAUAACUUAAGCAUCAUAAACAACAGAGAAGUGCUAGAAAUAGAACUUUUGACGCUUUAUUCGAAAAAGAACAUUGAAAAUAGCUAAUU